UGAGGGGCACGCGGAAGUGUGGUAUCAUGAAAUAUGGAGGCCCUGCCUUCCUGCACUCUCCUCCGCUGUUAAAUGCUCUCUCUUCCUCUCUCCUCCCGCCGCUGUGUUCACCUUAAUCUAGUGAGAGAAAGAGAGAUUUGUCAUAUGUCCCCUAGAGGGAGGGGGAGGAAUAGAGAGAGUGGCCCUGAAUUCAUUCUUUCAGAGAGAAAAUGGUAGACUUUUAUCCCUAGAAAGAGAAAAGAAGUAAGCCAAAACGGAAGGAAGAGAGAGAACCGAGAAGCGAAUUAUACCCUAGCUCACAGAAAGAGAGAAGGGGGGUCAUGGUAAUGGAUGCAUCUUUUAGAGAGAGAGAGGGUAAUGGAUGCACCGUUCUAGAGAGAGAGGGGUAAUGGAAGCUUCGUUUAGAACUUCUACAGCGAGAAAAUGGACUACAACAGAGGCGUAGAGAUGAGCGUGAAGCAAGAUCUAGACCACAACAAUGACCACCAUCUCCAGGCACAAAUUCCUCCCCAACUCCAGGUCCAAAUUCCUUCUCAAGCCCAAGUCCAGAACCAACUGAUCCAAACCCCACAAAAUGAGACUCCGAGAAGGCUCAGAGGAUUUGCUGCAACUGCAGCUGGCGUUACAAGCUUGAGCACAAAGGGAAGGAAGGAGAGAGAGAAAGAGAAAGAGCGAACAAAGCUUAGAGAGAGACAUCGUCGAGCUAUAACUUCCCGUAUGCUUGCUGGGCUAAGGCAAUAUGGGAACUUCACUUUGCCUGCUCGAGCCGAUAUGAAUGAUGUGCUCGCUGCCUUGGCUCGAGAGGCGGGCUGGACUGUUGAGCCUGAUGGUACUACAUAUCGUACCAGCCCCGCUACAUUGACACCAUUCCCUAUCAGGGCAGUUGAGAGUCCCCUUUCUGCAACUUCCAUGAAGAAUUGUUCCAUGAAAUCAUCGUUAGAUUUUCCAACAUCCGCUCUUAGGAUCGAGGACAGCUUGUCACCUACAUCCCCUGAUUCAGGUUUAGUCACUGAAAAAGAUCAGAAAAAUGACAAAUAUAGAAACCCUAGUCCGAUUGAUUCGUCAGACAGUCUAGAUGCAGAUCAGCAUAUGCGAGAUGUUCGUCCUGGGGACCCUGAUGAUUUUUCAGAAACUCCAUAUAUACCAGUUUACGUGAUGCUUCCGUUAGGUAUUAUCAACAACUUCUGCCAAUUGGUUGAUCCAGAAGCUGUAUGUCGUGAUUUAAGGCGCUUAAAGUCCAUAAAUGUAGAUGGAGUUAUUGUUGAGUGCUGGUGGGGCAUUGUUGAAGGAUGGAGUCCACAAAAAUAUAUAUGGUCUGGCUAUCGCGAACUCUUCAAUAUUGUCCGUGAAGUCAAGCUUAAGUUGCAGAUUGUUAUGGCGUUUCAUGAAUGUCGGGCAAACGGAGGCAGUGAAAUGUCAAUCCCUCUUCCCAAGUGGAUUUUGGAGAUUGGCAAAGAUCACCAGGAUAUAUAUUUCACAGAUCGUGAAAGGAGGAGAAACGUAGAAUGCCUCUCAUGGGGCAUUGACAAACAACGGGUACUCAAAGGAAGAACGGCCAUAGAGGUUUAUUUUGACUUUAUGAGAAGCUUUCGAAUGGAGUUUGAUGACUUAUUUGUUGAGAGUCUGAUCUCUGCUGUUGAGAUUGGAUUGGGUCCUUCUGGGGAGCUUCAGUAUCCUUCAUUUCCAGAAAGGAUGGGAUGGAGAUAUCCUGGUAUCGGUGAGUUUCAGUGUUAUGACAAGUAUUUACAGCACAGCCUAAGGAAAGCAGCCAAGUUAAGGGGUCACUCAUUCUGGGCGCGGGGACCCGAUAAUGCUGGACAAUACAACUCCCAGCCCCAUGAGACUGGUUUCUUCUGUGAUAGAGGUGAUUAUGACAGUUACUAUGGGCGCUUCUUCCUUCAAUGGUAUUCUCAAGUUCUUAUCGACCAUGCGGACCAUGUUCUAGCUUUGGCAAACCUGGCAUUUGAAGGGACUCCGAUUGUAGCUAAGAUUCCAGCUGUAUAUUGGUGGUAUAGGACUGCCAGCCAUGCAGCAGAACUUACAGCAGGCUUCUAUAACCCCUCAAAUCAGGAGGGGUAUACUCUGAUUCUAAAUAUUCUCAAGAAGCAUUCUGCAACAUUCAGGUUUAUAUUCUCAGGAUUGCAGUUAACUCCUCAGGAUAAUGAUGAGACAAUGGCAGAUCCAGAAGGCUUGACUUGGCAGGUUCUGAAUGCAGCAUGGGAUCAGAAAAUGAAUAUUGCCAGUCAGAAUGCAGUCCCAUGUUAUGAUAGGGAAGGCUUCAAUAGGAUCCUAGAAACUGCAAAGCCGAGAAAUGAUCCAGAUCGCCACCACCUUUCUUCCUUUGCAUAUCAAAGAAUGUCUCCUUCUUUGAUACAAAGGGCAUCAUUUUUCUCUGAGUUUGAUCGUUUUGUCAAAUCCAUGCAUGGAGAAGCCGUUAUUGAUGCUCAGGUCUAACUAACAAGUAGGGGUGACCUCUAAAUUGGCCAGGAUUUCGUGGGGUUGCAUUCUAUAGAGAGAAACUGGGAAUAGAAAAGAAAAGAAAUAAGAAGAAGGGAGAACAAAUGGGAUUUGGUUUUUUCCCAGUGUAGUACGAUGGUAAUGCUCCAACUUCUUUGGAUCUCUUGAUUUUCUUCCUUUUUUUUAUUAUUUAUUUGUGUUUUUCUCAUUUUGUGGUUGCAUUGUGGAUGGAAUAUGGUGCUUUUUCUUUUCUUUUAUUUUUCGGUGUGCACAGUUCUUUCCAUAUUAGAAAAAAAAGAGGGAAAAAACCAGCUCUUUUGCAGGUGA